AUGUCCAGAAACGUCGAGAUCAAGGCCAAAGUGCGAAAUCGUGACGAAAUCACGCGUUUAGCACAGGAACUUACUGGCAAGCAGCCAACUAUUCUACGACAGCGUGAUAUCUUCUACAACUCUCCAGAGGGUCGUCUCAAAAUGCGUACUGUGGAAGAGGGUGGAGCGGUACGCUCGGAACUAAUCUGGUACGAUCGCCCAGACGUAGCGGGGCCGAAAGAGAGCAAGUUCAACAAGUUCGACGUCCCUGAAGGAACUCUUGAAGCAUUGAAGGUGGGUACAUGUGCAUGUUUCUGCUAG